AUGAACAUUUGUGCUUUUUGCGCAGUCUAUGGGUUUGCGUUGCUAAAAAUUAAAUGGACUUCAUUAACUGGUCAAGCUGGAUUUGCAUUAUGUAUUUUAAUGUUUGCAUCUGCGUGUGAUGCUCAAUUUUUAGUGGAUGUGAUGGAGGAGUCUUAUGGGAGCUGGCGUCUUGUUCACAGAUGCGAAGCAAGAGGUGCAAAUUUUGGUGUUGAUGUUCCUUCAUUUAGUUAUCGAAGUAAUGCAACUGGAUGUGUUACUCCUACAUCUCCAGAGAAUGCUUGUACGACAGUUUCGUUUUUCAAGUUUCGGGGAAUUUGGAUUCAGAAUGGUUCUAAUUUGAUUAAAAUUGUUUUGCUGGCUCUUAAAGCAGUGGGGAUUGGAGCAGAACCUAUAAACGGCACUAGUUGCAAAGAUUUUUAUGCUUUGGUUCCUCGCGGAAACUGUGCGUUUUCUGUGAAGGCGUAUCAGGUACAAUUGGCAGAAUUUGGAGCACUGAUUGUUUAUAGCAAUCGUGGGGACCAGCCGAUACCAAUGGAUGGUAGUACUUUUAAAGAAUUAAUAAAAAUUCCCGUAGUAAUGGUCAGUUAUAACUGUAAGGACCGAAUUAUGGAAUCGUAUCGUUUCGAGAAGGGAUACAGAGUAGCAAUUCGAGCAAUACCGGGCUACUAUGAUCUUGUCAAAUACCUUGUCCCUUUCGUUGGUGUCGUUGCUUUAUGCUUUAUCGUACUUUUCCUUUCUUUGUUAUUUCGGGUAUUUCGCGAGCGUCGUCGUAUUGCAAGAAAGCGACUCUCAAAAAGAAAUUUGAAAAAGUUACCGACGAAGAAGUUUAAAAAAGGUGAAAGCGUUGAGACGUGCGCAAUUUGCUUGGAUGAUUUUGCUGAGGGAGAGAAACUACGGAUCUUACCUUGCAAUCACAUUUAUCACUGUAAAUGUAUUGAUCCGUGGCUGACAAAGAAUCGAAAAGUUUGCCCGAUUUGCAAAAGAAAAGUUUGUUCUUCUGGGGAUUCGGACUCUUCAGAUUCAGAAGCCGAAAGGGGUAAUGCUGCUAGUGCUAGCACUUCGAAUACUCAUGAAAACGCGCCUUUAAUUGCUAACGAAAUGACGUUCGCUUCUGCAUCUAUGGAACCGUCAAAUUAUUUGGAUGAUGGAGGGAAUUUUGUAGUUAACGUUGUAGGGAGUGACAAUAAUCAAGCAAGUACCAGCUAUGAUGCACCGCCGGCUCCUGGAGUCUCGCCUACUGUUAACGAGAACAGCGAGCGCGUCGGUGACUUGCUGUAUGCCGACACAGUAGCUGCGUCUGAAGGAGCAGAUGUGCAACGGAGUUCUUUUAACGUUUCAGCAGUUCUUCGACAAAAGUUCCGUCCAUUAAUGCAGGGUAUAGUGGAUAAAGCAAGUAGAGUUGUUCGAAAAGACCAAAAAUUAUUAGGCGAUGUUUCUCAGCUCGAUAUUGGUGGUAUUGAUGCGACGGAAAGGUUUUCUGCAGAAAACGAGGCUUUUGACGGGGGUUUGGAAAGUCAUAAUAACAGACGGGUAUCUUUAUCUGCACAUGGCGAUACGGGUAGUGUACAUACUUCGUCAACAGUAGUUGAAAUUGAAAGUAACGAUGAAAGUUCAUAUUUUUCUGCAAAUGACCAGUCGCUUUCGCUUGAAGUGAAAAAGGACUGCACUGAUUCUGAAGAAGGCACUUUAAAGGCAGAAAAUGGUUUAGCAGAAGGAACUGCUUCUACGGCUUUGUUCUUGGAGAAGGUUGACUUUGAAAAAAGGAAGGAGGAGGAACAUCUAGAUUAA